UAUUAUUUCCCUUUCAAAAUAUCUCUUCAGUUACAUCAGACGUUAUCUCUAAUAAAAACAUCCUUCCAGUACCCUCCGUUGACUCAUGGCCAUGGAAGAUAAGCCUGCUGCGCCAACAAGUGAAGGCCAACAAUCCAUAAGAUGUAAAGCUGCGGUUUGUCGCAAACCAGGUGAGCCACUGAUUAUUGAGGAGAUUUUUGUGGCACCACCAAUGCCACAUGAAGCUAGGAUUCGUAUUAUAUGCACCUCUCUUUGUCACAGUGAUAUUAUUUUUUGGAAAAUGCAGGAGCCUCCUGCAAUUUUUCCAAGGAUAUUGGGUCAUGAGGCAAUUGGGGUUGUGGAAAGUGUUGGAGAGGGAGUAACAGAAGUUACAAAAGGAGACAUUGUUAUCCCAAUCUUCAUGGCUGAUUGUGAAGAGUGCAUAGAUUGCAAAUCAACAAAGAGCAACCUUUGUUCAAAGUUUCCUUUUGAUGUUAAACCUUGGAUGCUUAGAUAUGAUACCACCAGAUUCACUAAUCUAAAUGGAGAGAUUAUAAACCAUUUCAUAUUUGUCUCGAGUUUUAGCGAGUACACUGUGGUUGACACUGCCAAUCUACUCAAGAUUGAUCCAGCAAUUCCUCCCAACAGGGCAUGCCUCCUCAGUUGUGGUGUAUCAACAGGGGUAGGUGCUGCAUGGAAAACAGCAAAUGUUGAACUAGGGUCGACAGUAGCUAUUUUUGGACUCGGAUGUAUUGGAUUAGCGGUUGCUGAGGGAGCUAGACUUUGUGGAGCAACUAGGAUUAUAGGUGUGGAUAUCAAGCCAGAAAAAUUUGAAAUUGCAAAGAAGUUUGGAGUCACAGACUUUGUAAAUCCUGGAGAAUUGGAAAACAAAUCUGUGAGUCAGGUUAUCAUAGAGAUGACUGGUGGGGGAGCAGAUUAUUGCUUUGAAUGUGUUGGUAUGGCAUCAUUGGUGCAUGAAGCAUAUGCUUCAUGUAGAAAGGGUUGGGGAAAAACAAUUAUGUUAGGAGUGGACAAGCCAGGAUCUAAGUUGAGUAUCAAUAGUACUGACGUCCUUUUUCAAGGGAAGACUCUUAUGGGGUCUAUAUUUGGAGGACUCAAACCCAAGUCUGAUGUACCCAUUCUUUUUAAACGCUACAUGGACAAGGAACUCAAUUUGGAUGAUUUUGUUACACAUGAGGUGGAAUUUAAAGACAUCAACAAGGCUUUUGAUUUGUUGACUAAAGGAGAGUGUCUUCGAAGUGUGAUUUGGAUGGACAAAUAAGUUUAUCUUUUAUUUAUGUCAUAUGUCAAUGUAAAUUGUUGCAUUCAGCCUUAAAUUAUGUCGAUAUGUAAAAUAUGAAUAAUGACCUCUUAGUUUUAUAUUUGAUCUAAUAAAACCGAUAUAAGUGUAUCAA